AUGGAUGGCCCGCCUGCGCAGAUUUGCCACCCAGGGGUCUGGCCUUCUGAGGCGGGAAACAGACCGGCACCACGGCAGAAGAAAUGGCAUGACCUGUAUCAAAAGAUUGAGAAGUGUCCACUGCAACACAGGGGGCAAAUGUCUCUGUUUGGGGGGACACAGACAUGUGACUGUGGUUUCCAUACAAAAAAGCCUUCCAGUUUGGCCCCUGUGUCAUCCACACCAUCCACGUCACCACCUGUAACACCAGGGCAGUCAGAAACAACAUCUGGAAAGCCUACUUUAACUUUGGCAUCGUUUACAAAGCCGCGGUUUGGUGGUGUCCAUGGUGCAGCUUUAAAGCCAAAUCUAGGUGUUGCAAGGACGCAUGCAACCAAGCCUAUUAGCACUUCUGCAUUGCCCAGCCCUGCACCUAGGACACCAUCUCCUGCUCGCAGUCCCAGGCUGUAUAUUCAGACCGUCUCCCCCCUGUCUCUUCCUCCUUCUUCUGUGUCUGAAGCAACCUCUUCUUCCUGUGGUCCAGGAGCUGCUUCCAGAGUUGAAGUAUCAGCCGCUGCCUCUUCUGGGACGUCCUCUGCUCCUCUCACCCCUGUGAUCAGCUCCACCUGUGUUUCCUCUGCUGCUCCAUUUGUGGCUGGAUCCUCUGUCCAACCUGCCGAGGAUAGGGUGACCGCUCCAGGUUCAGAGUCUGGAUGGCUUCCCACAAAGUUGAUGAAAACCAUACCACUACAGGAUCAGAAGUGGAUUUCAGCAGCUUUGUGGAAGCAACAUCGGCUUCGUACCGACCUGAAGCUGUGGUAUGAUCCACCAGAGCCAGCUCUGAUCUAUCACCAAGGCCCCGCUCCAGAGCGUUUCUUUACACACAGGCUUCUACUCUGGAUGCCAUACCACCUCUGGAAGGUCAGGCUGUCCUGUCCUGUGUGUGGGAGACAGCUCACAGGCUAUGGGGCACACAAGAGAGCCCGCCAGGUUCUGGAUGUGGACCGCUUUUAUCUAAUGAUCACAGAGACUCUCUGGUGCAGUGGGUGCAAAGCGGCCUUUAUUUCCACCAGCAAGGCCAUCUUGGACCAGCUGGACUUAGCUCACAGAUUGGAAUUUAGGCUGAUCCUAACUCGAAAGUAUGCCUGUGACAUGCGGGUCAUAAGGUUCCUCAGGGAGAGGGCCCUGGGCAACAGCCCUUCUCGCUUAGUGAGGCAGCUGCGGGAGAACCACAGCGAAGAGUGGCUGAAGCGUCUUUGCCGAUACUUUGGUGCCUGCUCAGACUUCACCUCCCAGCCAAGCCUGCUCCCUGUGAGAUUUCAGGAGCCACCUGAGCCUGAAACUAUCCCCUCCCACAGGUGGAUGCUGGCUGUUUAUGGGCGAGAUAUCUUGUGCAGGAUUGACCACAUUAAAGCCAGCAUAACGUCCACAUAUGGAUGCAUCCUGAAGAUGGACUCCACCAAAAAGAUCACAAAGAAGCUGUCGGGGUUUGCAAAGGGGACAGCAUUGUGGCUAACAUCUGUCAGCAAUGAGGUGGGCCAAAUCCUCAUUAGUGUUCUGAGAGCUCAGGAGGGUCCAGCCCUGGACCGAAUGGCAGCUGACCUCAUCCGGAGGUACACUGAUGCAGGUGUGGCUCCGCCUCAGCUCCUUUAUGUGGACUGCGACUGCUGUCGGGAGGGCACUGGGCAGACCAAGCUCAAGCAGCGAUUUGGUGGGUGGCCAGACUUGGUGGUGAAGCUGGACAUCUACCACUUCAUGCGGCGACUGGCAGCUGGGCCAAGAGGGAGCAGCUGA